UCCUUCAGCAGUGCAAUAUAGACAAGCAAAAUCCAAAUGACGUCGUGAUCUCGGUGCUGGCUUGGGACUUAGAAAGCUUCCUGGUGAUGGUAAGCUGCCUUUCUGAGAGAGCGGUGGAUGCCCAGGAAUCACCACGUGAAUCCGAUGUCUCGAUGGUGUUCCUGUACCUAGAGGAUAUGAUGCAGGUUGCCUUAGUGACGUUUCUGGAGGACAUGGCCGCUCAUGUGGGAGCAUCCCGAACACCUCAGGAGGUGAUGGAACACUAUGUGAGCAUGUACAUCCAUGGCAACCUGGGAAAAGCCUGCAUCCCUGACACUAUUCCGAACAGAGUAACGGAUCACACGUGUCCCAGCGGCGGCCCGCUUUCUCCUAGCUUGACCACGCCGCUCCCACCAUUGGAUAUAUCGGUGGCUGAGCAGCAGCAGUUGGGAUACAUGCCGCUUCGGGAUGACUACGAGAUCGAAUACGAUCAAGAUGCGGAGACUCUGAUCAGUGGCCUUUCGGUGAACUACGAUGACGAUGAUGUGGAAAUAGAGUUAAAAAGAGCUCACGUAGACAUGUAUGUAAGGAAACUCAAGGAGAGGCAACGGCGGAAGAACAUUGCACGAGACUAUAACUUGGUACCGGCUUUCCUGGGGAAGGAUAAAAAGGACAAGGAGAAAGCUCCCAAACGGAAGAUCACAAAAGAAGAGAAGGAGUUGAGGCUGAAACUGAGGCCUCUGUACCAAUUCAUGUCUUGUAAGGAGUUUGAAGACUUCUUUGAGAACAUGCACAAGGAGAGGAUACUUCGAGCAAAGAUUCGGGAGCUGCAGCGGUAUCGUCGAAAUGGAAUCACCAAAAUGGAAGAGUCGGCAGAAUAUGAGGCAGCCAGGCAUAAACGGGAAAAGAGGAAGGAGAACAAAAACAUAGCUAGUUCCAAGAGAGGGAAGGAGGAUGGUAAAGACGGUGAAUUUGCUGCCAUUGAAAACCUGCCUGGCUUUGAACUCUUAUCGGACAGGGAAAAAGUGCUCUGCAGCUCUCUAAAUUUGAGUCCUGCACGUUAUGUGACUGUAAAAACUAUAAUCAUUAAAGACCAUCUCCAAAAAAGACAAGGAAUUCCUUCAAAGAGUCGCCUUCCCAGUUACUUAGAUAAGGUACUGAAGAAAAGGAUUUUAAACUUUCUAACAGAAAGUGGUUGGAUAUCCAGGGAUGCUUCAUGA